CGGACGCUGUCGCUGUGGGCCCGGCAGUGUGGCCAACGUGCGGCGGUGAGGUCACGGCAGCCACUGCGUGGACUAUAUCAUGCAGCAUCUGGCAGCACUGCCUGUUGUUUGUGACUGGAAGCUGCGCCGUGCAGACAUUGUGCAACGAUUGCCUACACCGUGCUUCGGACUGUUGUUCAGCGACCUACAGUUCCGGUGACUGGUACACACUGUUAGUACCGAGAUACUAACAAUGCUGGGACUAAUUCUGGUAUUUUGUGCUGCGCAUGCGCUAGCUCUUCCAAAACUGGACAUGGACAACUACGUGCACGGGCCUACCAUUACCGACGGUAAAUUGAUAAAAGUAAUGGACUACAAGUUCGGCGAAGUUAAGGAAGACUACCAAGAGCUGAAGAAUGAGCUGAUGAACACUAAAAAAAUGGUGGAAGAACUACAGAAAGAAGUAUUUGAUUUGAAGAUGAUUAUUAUGGAUCAUGACAGACAGCAAGGACUUGACUUGGAUGCUAAUGCUUCAUCUGUGGAGACAGAGCCACAACCUUCAAUGAGAGAGUUGGUGGAGCAGUACGACAGGUCCACGGACUGGAGCGCCCUGAGGAGCGGCCUGGAGGCUCUCCUGGACGAGCGCAGCGUGGAGAGCCGGCAACUGGCGAGCGUGGACGACGCCUCGUGGGGGCACCUGUGGCAGGUGGGCGACCGCGGCUACGAGGAGCUGGCCACCCUGCUGCUGGACGCGGGGCUGCCCGUCGACAAGAGGGACAGCGUGGGUGACGCCAUGCUGCACGGCGCCGCCGAGGGCGGUCGCAUCUCCAUGGCGCAGAUGCUGCUGGAGCGCAAAGCGGACGUGAACCUGCGCGGCUGGCGGGGGCUCACUCCCUUCCACAAGGCGGCGCUGGGCGGACACCCGGAGGCGCUGAAGUGGCUGGCGGACCGCGGCGCGGACGUGCGCAGCGCCGACGACGAGGGCAUGACGGGGCUGCACUUGGCCGCCGAGCACGGUCGCCUGGAGGCGGCGCGGCUGCUGCUGGACCUGGGGCUGGACGCAGCGGCCAGGGACGCUGCCGGCAGGACGCCCCUCGACUGGGCCCUGAGGCGCGGGCACCGCGCCGUGGCCGAGCUGUUGGCCGGCCCCGCCCGCUCCGGCUCCACCGCGCCUCUCUGAAGCCUUCCCGACCUCGGUCUGUGGCCACCCCCUGACCCUCCCCCGUUUCUGUACCCAUUCGCCUCUGCUCGCGUGGGACUCUCUUGGCUUCUUCGUGUUAGUUAAACAAUUUUUUUAUACUUAUAUUAUCUCUUAAUAUCUGUGAAAUGUAUGCCCCAAAUUCUAUAGAAACCACUUCAGCGAAGCAAAUUUCCUGAUAAUGCCUCACAUUUUCCAAAAAAAAAAGUAAAAUGACAGUCAC